AAAGAACAGGAACUGACGGAAGCCGAGUUGGGUCUUAAAUACGCUUUGAGAAAUGGCGGCUGCUGAAGACACAAACAGUACACAAAACCCCAGCGGUUCAGAUGCUCCGAAGCUGUCGGAUUUACUGGACCGGGGCUGGAAGCUGUAUGAUGAGGUGGACACCACGAAUGAGUCGAGCAGCUCCAACGCAGUGCAGGUGAAAGUAAAGCGCGGCAUCAUGCAGCUGGAAGAGGCGACGAGGAUGGUCAAUCAGCUGAACCUGUUCAGUCGUAAUGAGGCACUGGAGGAGAUCCCCACCACCGACCUGAAGUACCUGCUGCUGCCGGCUCUGCUGGGAGCGCUCACCAUGAAACAAGUGAACCCCAGCAAGCGGCUGGAGCACGUGCAGGCGGCCCACGUCUAUUUCAGAGACUUCCUCCAGAGGUGCAAGGACUAUGACAUAUGUAGUUUUCAGCUGCCCAGAGCCAGUGAGGACACAACAGAUACUCCUACUGAGGAGCGGAUGAAUCCAUCAGUCCCCAUGCCAAUGUCACAGCCAGACCUUAUCGCCAUGGCAACACAAAGACAAGCCAAAAUAGAGAGGUUUAAUCAGCGUAAAGAGACAGAAGCCAAGCUGAGUGAGAUCAGAGGACUAGUUGAAUCUGGUUCAGCUGAUGAAGAGGUGGUGAGAGAUUUUUACCUGCUGCACGUGCGCAGGUGGGUAACACUAGCAUUUGAGGAGAUCGACUCCAUCAACCAGGAGAUAGAGAUACUGAAACGAAUGGAGCUUUUCAAGCAGAGCGCCCCUCAGCCAUCCCCACCCAAAAGACCGCCCAUGAAGCCUUUUAUCCUGACUAAGGAUGCUAUGCAGGCAAAAGUGUUUGGUGCGGGGUAUCCCAGCCUUGCCACCAUGACAGUGGACGAAUGGUAUGACCAACACCGGCGACAAGGAUGUUUACCAGACCAAGGCAUACCACGCAGCGCAGAUAGCAAUGCAGAGGAGGAUGAGAGAGCUGAAAGAGAGAGGAAGGAAGAAAAUGACGAUGAAGAGGCACUGCAGAAGGCACGUGACUGGGAUGACUGGAAGGAUACACACCGGAGAGGAUAUGGCAACCGCAAGAACAUGGGCUGAUCUGAUGUCAUGCACGCACACAUACACACGCACACACAUACGCGCAUCCCUUCAGUUCCCACAAAUAAAUGCUGUUCCCAAUGCUGCCAAUGUGACAUGGACACAACAGAGAGUGGAGCUGUAGCGGUUAGUUAAUUUGGUUCCUUUUUUUUCCUAAACCGAGUUUGCAUAUUUGACUUUUAAAUGUCUCUUUAUAAAUCUUAAAUGAUGAGACCUUAAGCCCCUGAGCAUCUAUAGAGACGGAUGUUUGGGCCUCCUUGCAUUGCUCCACAUCAGUCUUUCCCACAUGGUUAUUAAAUGUUUGCCUUUUCAUGGAUGUUGUUUUGAGUGCAAGAUUUCUACAGAAGUGUUCCCUGUAUUGUUAGCUUUUACAGUCAAAAUCGGUCAACUCAGAAGGAUGUUGUCACCCACAUAAUUACACCUUAUGUGCUGUUUGAUUUGGAGCCGGAUAAGACUGCAUGUUCUUUAACUAUUAGCAGAUAUUGCUAGGCCUCGUUGUCUGGUUCAGAUGAGCUACUUCAGCGAAGACGGUUCAACACUUGCUUGGAUCUGACGCUGAUUAAUGUGGUCAGAAUUGCUGAAGAAACUUUGGGACAUUGGAACAAAUUGUCUAGAAUGCCUUUUUAUUCUGAAAUUUAUUUAUUGCAUUAUCUGGAAAUUUUGCUUUUCUUUAGGCAAAUCUUUGUAAGGUCAACCUCCUGUUCUUGAGUAAAUAUAAAGAAAAAUCACCUAUAAA